CCCGCCCAUCCCUCCCUCCCGUCAGGCCGCGCGGCUCUCGCGAGAGCUGGGCGCUAUGUAAGCGCGCGGGCGGCCAUUACACGCCCUUUGCGGAGGCGAGGCGGGAGGCAGGAGAACGGUUAGCGAUGUGGUGUGCCGGUCACUCUUAACAAUAGAGCUGAAAUAGCAAAGAUAAAUGGUGCUGAGCUGCUUACCGACAAAUUGAAAUAUGACUGAUACAGAUGAAUCUCAGGGUUCUGGUUCUGAUCACUCUGCUCAAGAUUUAAUAUUCACUCAGCAGAAAGAAUCAUCUGAGGUAUGUGAAUUAAAUACACAAAGGGAGUGUUCAGGCUCAGAGCAGAAGGAUGCCACUCCUGAGGAGUCUUCAGAUGAGCUUAAUAGACAUAAAUCCACUGCUUCAGCUAUGGCCUUUCUGGACAGCAGUGAUUCAGAAACAGCUCUUUCUGCUUCCAGUGGCAGUGAAUACCAUAACAAGUGCUCCACUGUACCUUCCAAGCGAAAAAAGAGAUCUCGACCUUCAAGGCAACAGACAGAAUCUCUUGCAGAAUCUGAUGCUGAAAGUUCAGAUUCCUCUCUGUCCCCUCAAAGUCCAGUGAAAUCAUCUAAAACUUCCAAACAGCAGAAGUCAAAGAUCAAUUUGAAAGCCAUUUUUGCCUAUCACUUCAGGGGAAAGAAAUUUAAGGCUGCUGCACACCGGAAAUAUAAGAGUGGCUCGGGGAAGAGGAAGAAAAAGUAUGAGAGCACGCAGAUGCCUGUGGGGAGGCCACCACUGACGGCAUCACCACAAGAGCAAAAGAAAAGGCUUCUAGAUAGAGGCUUUCAAUUCCCUUUUGUUGAAAAACAUUAUGGGAAGAAAGAUAUCCCUUUAAAGAUGGUUCUUGGCUAUGAGCAAGCAGCUGCAAAGGGAUAUUUCCAGUACAUUGAAAUGCUCAAAUAUGAAGAACAUCUCAAAAAGGCUUUAAAAAACCUUAAAGCUAGUGAAGACUUAGAAAGAGAAUGUCUGGCAGUGCGGAAACACAAGUAUUUAGAUGAUGAAGGCCCCAUUUCCCCUAUCCAGGAGACAAAUGAUAACAGCUUGGAUUCUGAUAGUCAAGAAGACUUUGAUGCCAGAGUAGUGGAGAACAGCUGUUUCAUUAUAAGCAGCAAAAUUCCCAACAAGAAAAAAAUCAAGGCAGAAGGGAAACAUGCAAAAUCAACUGGAGUGAUGGAAGUAGAAAAUGAAGAAUAUGAUGCUGAGAACUGUCUUCUGCAGGGUUCAGUUCAAUGAACAAAAAGCUAACAAAUGAGGUGGUGGUGUGGUGGUCAUGCUUGACAGACCUUUCAGUGCCUUCUUGGCUUAAAUGGUUGUUCUGAAGUCAACCUUGUGCUAUCAACCAAGGAACCUAAUCAGGUUUGGUUUAAGGUGAGUAUUUGGCUUGUUUGUGUGUGAAACUACAGGAGUAAUAUGUCUUUUUAUUAAGCUCUUAAGUGUGCUCUGUGCUGUCCUGUACCAGUAGCCUUGGCUCUAUGGCUGACAACUCUGUUUAAACACUAGCUUCUGCAACUUGUAUAAUCAAUGGAUAAUCUAUAACUAAAAAUAAGAAAAGUUCCAAAUGCUGCAGUUCAGCAGCUGUGUGGUAUGGAAGAGUGUAUGUGUGUGCACACAUGCAUGUGUAUGCCCUUAUUAUUCAUUAAGAGAAACUUAAACUAGAGCCACUUUCCCUCUUUUUGCUCCUUUUUUUUGUGUGUGAGGGCUAUUUGAGGGAUUAUUUUUUGGUGUCUUAGUGAAAUGCAGGUUAUACUUUGAGAUACUCUAAUGGACUUCAUCAAUGGGGAGAGUAGUGGUUGACGAGAAAACUGAUACUUAAGCAAAGCUGUUACACACCAACAAAAAAAGAAUAAAAUGCUCACAGAAGUAGUCUCUUAACUUGAAUAGAAGUUUACUGCAAAAUGCUAUUAAUAUAAUAAGCAUGAUAAAAUGAAUUCUUGUAUUAAAGAUUAUACUCCAUUCUUACGUGCACAGUAAUAAAACUUUGGGAAAACUAGUUUUCUAUUGCUGAAUUCGAUUAAAGAUGUGUUAUUUUAGAACUGUAGCAGUGGAAUGAAUCUUAGAUGAAAAAAUUGUCCUUUCUCCCUUUUCCUCUCCCUGGUCCAGAAUGCUAAUAUGAUGCAAUAUGAACAUGACUAGACAAAAGACUGAAGUUGUCCCCAGUUGCAAAUUCCUUUCUCAAAGGUGUUUUAGUCGAUUGGAGACAUGACUAGCAAAUGCUGAGAAAUGGUUUGAAUGCUGCUAACUCCUAGAUCACAAGACUGCCUUGAUAGCAGUAGAACUUGAAAAUUAUGUUCAAAAAGUUCACCUGUGAAUCAAUGAGAAGCUAAUUACCAAAGGGCAAUAUGCCUCACUGAAGUACUCUAUAAUAACCAAAUUGCUGUUGUCAACAAAUUAACAGCUGUUUAGUGGGUAGGAGCUGUCUGUGCUGAACAGGGAUGUUGUUAAAAAAAAAAAAAAAAGCUAUCUGCUCUUAACUUCCUUCAAAAUAUAGUUGACAAACUGAGGAGAGUUACUGCAGGUAUUCUAGCAUUAACGAGAGUCUGACAAGUUGCAUUGCUUACGUGCUUGAAUUAGGGUUUCAAAUACUGGUAAAGAAAACUUGGUUUCACUAAUGCAACUUGUUAGCUCUAGGGAAUAAGAUUGCAAAAUUUACUCUUCAGUAGUUGAAGAUCAUAUUUAAUAUUGGUCCAAAAUUAAUGGCUAAAUAUAACUCUUUUAGGCAUCUACAUCAGAAAUACUCUGUAUGGCUUGAAAGACUCAUCCUGGAUCUAGGAGUGGGGUUCUUACUGGGUAAGGUAUAGCAAGGUGGUAUGUGGAGUCCCACUCAUUCUGUAGUUCACAUGAUGAAUUUUUCUGUUCAACUGCUGAGUGACUCAGAAAUGAACUAAAUUUCAAUUCUGAUUAGAACUGAAUAAAUAGACAUAAAAAGUGAGCUUAUUUACAAGUGUUAUAUUGGUUGCUGAAACCUGGUUUUCAGCUUCGAGUCUUGAGUUAUUCAACUAUAUCUGACAGGUUUUUUAUCUCCUUCCUUUUUUUAAUUUUCAGUUUGUUGCUUUUGGGAGAUGGAAUACUGCUCAGUUUUCUUGGUGUGAGACUGUUCAGAUGAGUACACCUGCUCUGCCACAGUGAGCAGUUAUUUGCAACUGUUUCCUGGCCUUCUGAAGUGCAAAUCUGUUACUUCACUGCAUUUUUGUGGAAAAUACUGAGCCUGUUAGUGAAAGAGGGGAGUUCCUGUGACAUGUCUGAAAUGGUGAGAAGCCUCUGCAAUUAAGGAAGCUGACUUGCGGUCUGUCCUAAUGUCUUGAUAACAAAGAAGAAGAAAUAAGAUAACAAAGAACAAAGAGAAGAAAUAAAGAAGCCAUUUAACAGAAAUAUGAAGCCUCUACUAGGUACUGACUAAAUGCUUUUGAUAUGAAUGAGAGAGAUGCGAAUGGAAAAGUUUGGUACUUCAGAAUACUGAAUAAGCUAAACUUUGCUUUGAUAAGAGGAUUAGCUGGAAGAUGAUGGCAACUUUUUUUGGCAGUGUCUGCUAUUGAGCCACUGACAAUGUCACGGGGCAAGAAGCACCAUUUCAGUACAGCCAGAGUGAGUCUGAAGGUCCUGGUGACAUUGCUGCAAGGCUGAGGAAGAAUAAGACAGUUCUUCUAAAUCAGAUACAAAAAGGACUUUAUAACCUAUUCUGACUUCUUAUUGCAAUAAUUAAGAAUUAAAAACAUGUAAUUCUGUAGCUUUCCUUACUGCUCUAUAAAUUGAAAUAAUGCAUGGUAUUUGGAAAUUAGUGUAAAAGCACACAGGACAGGUAGAACAUUAAAGAUGGCUGUUAUCAAUUCAGUCCAUUUUUCCCUCCUGGGAAAUUCCAUGGCUUGCAAUUAUCUGUGGCUUGCCACUAGAAAAAUGUUUUUCUACUCUCUUCCCUUCUGAUUAUGGUAGGAGAAAGGGAUGAGAUCACUCAUGCACAGCUUCUGCAGUGCAGUGAAAGCACCCCCUCAAUGCCCUGUGUAUUUAAUCUGCAACUUUGACAGAUAAUCCUUAGACUGUAGCAAGCCUCUACCUGACUUACUGCAUAGAAUGACACAGGCUCUUGCUGCCCUAUGCUGCUUACUGAAAGAUGCAGGUCCCUUCACAUAGUGCUGUACUUUCAGUGACUCUAGAGACUGAACGCAGUGAGAACAGAAGUCUAAGUAACAGUAAUUGCUUUGUAAAAUAGAAGAAGCUUGUUAAUCCUACAGCUUCUCUGCUGCAUCUUAAAUCAACUAGAAUAGUCAGAAAAGUUUUAUGAAAUCUGGGUUUAAGAUAAUACCUAAAUUCAAAUUCAGUGUAACAGCUGAGAUUUGAAUUUGUCCUACUCUACCUACAUGACCUUGCAAUUAAAAUUCUUAAGGCUCCAAGGAAAUUUGGGUAGAGGAACUAACACUUGGGAACAGUAGUUACCUGUGUAGCAGCAGGCUGAAAUAAAUUGGUUAAGUUAGUAAGUUAACAGUGCUAGGGGGGUAGGGUGAUACACCUUUUUGCCAGAAACCAGUUCUUUUUGGCCCUCAGGUACUUUACUGCUGCAGCUGAGAGGUACAUCUAAAGUGGCUAAUAAUCAUUCUUUUAAUAUUCAGUGUAACUGGUAAAGUUUCAGCUUUAUAGAAGGGACUGAAGUUUUAUUGCAAAAACUUUAUUUGAAAAAGUUGUUACAUAUAUAAAAACAAGAAUUAAUCUGAACUUUCUUUAAAACACCUCAGAAAAGGCUUUUCAGUGUCUUGUCUAGCUGAUCUGAGGCUAACACUAUUUAAAGCAGUACUUGUAUCAGCUUCUGUAGUGAUUUGUCAAUAAAACAUCAUCUUGGCUACUACAGUGAUUAUUUACCUUUGAUUUUUCAUACAGCUCAAGUUUCCUAACUUCCAUAAUUGCACUGAAUGAUGAAAUUUGCACUAAGCCAUGUAUUCUGUGGAUUGUACCAAUAAAGUAAUUUUUCUUGUUCUUCCCAA